GAUCAGUGAUACCGUUUUUGCCUACUAUUAAUUUAUUCGCGUACAAGUUUUCCGCGUUAGACUUUCCUGCAUCGAUGUGUAUCGGUGAAAUUAUCGUGAUUCAGUGAUCAAGAAGUCUUCAAAAAUUCAAGGAUUUGACGAUAAAGAUCGUCGCAACGCGACAAAAAUUCUUGUGCAUCUUCAGAAGAACUUGUUGUUUGAUUCGUUUGUUCACAGUGCAACUGGUUUAAAUUACGAAACGAAAAUGGUCAAUAAAAAGAUGAUCCCUUUGCCUUAUCCUUUUUCCUUGGAAGAAGAAUUGAAAAAAAAUUCGGAACUAAAGAUGUCGGAUAUCGAAAUGUUGAGAGAGUGGUGUGAUAAACAGCAACAUUUACCUAAACCAUCUAAUUUGCAUCUCAUUUUGUUUCUUCAUAGUAAUUAUUAUAGCAUGGAGGCAGCUAAGAAUACUAUAGAGAAUUUUUUUACUAUUAGAUCUCACGUUCCUGAGUUUUUUGAUAACAGAGAUCCUUUGGGAUCCAAAGAACUGCGGCAAGCUUUUAAUGUUGUUUUCAGUUCUGAAUUGCCCGGACUCUCGAAGCAUGGUUACAAGAUACUCUUCGGAAAGUUAAUGGAUACUAAUCCAUCGCACUAUUCUUUCGAAGAUAGUAACAAGAAUAUCUUCAUGGGAUGCGAUUUGAUUGGUUUGAAAAAUGGCACUUGCGAUGGCUAUAUUUUUAUCGCAGAUGCAUCUAACGUGACUCUCGGACACGUAGGGCGGAUGAAUCCUAUGGGGAUGAAAAAGUUAGUGAUGUACGUUCAGGAAGCCAUACCUGUUCGUAUAAAGGGCAUACAUUUUAUUAAUACUCCUUCAGUGAUGGAUGUCAUCCUGAAUAUGGCAAAACCGUUUAUGAAAAAGGAACUUUGGAACAUGAUACAUCUGCAUUCGUCGUUAAAAACACUGGAAGAAUACAUCUCUCUCGAUCUCUUACCGAAUGAAAUCGGUGGAAAAGCUGGAUCGCUAGCUGAAAUGCAGGAAGCGCGGAUAAAUGAAAUCGACAGUAAACGAGAAUGGUUCCUCGAAGAAAUGAAAUAUGGCAAGGUGGAUGAGUCGUUGCGUAUUGGAAAAAGUAACAUCGCCAAUGAUCUGUUUGGUGUCGAGGGCACAUUCAAGAAGCUCGACAUAGAUCUUCAUACAUUUUUGGAUAACAAGAUAUAUUCUUGGAACUCAAAUAUGGCAUUCCAAGGAAUAAAAUACGAAGAUGAGUUAAAGAAUAAUCCAGACCUGAAAGAGGAAGACAUGCAGAUGUUAAGAGACUGGUACAAGAAACAGCCUCAUCUACCACAAAUAACAGAUUCCGAAUUGGCGUUAUUUCUACAUAGUAAUUACUAUAGGAUGGAACCCACAAAAACGACUAUUGAUGCAUAUUACACUGUGAGGAGCCACGUACCUGAAUUCUUUUCCAAUAGAGAUCCUUUAGGAACGAAGGAAUUAAGGAAAUCUUUUCAGACAAUAACUAUUCAAGUUUUAGAGACGAAAACGCCAGAAGGUUACGCUGUUCUUUACGGAAGACUAAUCGAUACGGAUCCUUCGAAUUAUGUCUAUAACGAUGCAAUGAAAUUUUUGAGCAUGGUGCUUGAUUUGUGGCUUUACAAAGAAGGCACAACUGAAGGACACAUCAUUUUAUUCGAUAUGAAGAACGUUGUAUUCGGUCAUGCUGCUCGAUUGAAUCCGAUGGGUUUGAAGAAAUAUCUUUUUUAUUUGCAAGAGGCAUUGCCAGUUCGCUUGAAAGGGUUCCAUUUUAUGAAUAUUACGAGCGUGAUGGAUGUGAUACUGAAUAUGAUGAAACCGUUCAUGAAGAAGGAAUUGUUAGACAUGCUUCAUACACAUACAACUUUGGAUACAGUAGCGAAAUUUUUACCAGUAGAUAUAUUACCAAACGAGGCAGGUGGAAAGGCUGGUCCGUUAAUGCAACUGCACGAAAAGUCUAUCAAAAUGCUCGAGGAUAAUCGUGACUGGUUUUUGCAAGAAGAACAAACAAGGCGUGUUAAUGAAUCAUUGAGAGCAGGUAAAGGGAAAACAGCGACCGAUCUGUUUGGCGUUGAAGGCACUUUCAAGAAACUCGAUAUUGAUUAAAUGUUCAAUUGUCUAUACAGAUUUAAACAAAUUCGUUAAAGUCCACCCAUUGAGAUAAUUUAUGAAUAAAUGAGUAUAAAUGUU